UGGCGUAGAAAGGAUAUAUCGGGCGGGUCCAAGCCUCACGAGCCGGGUACGACUGUCCUUUCAGACAAAGUAAGAAAGAGGACAGCAGCCUCGGCGCUGUGAGUACCUGGGCACCACCUCACCAAAACUGAAAAAAAAACCAAAAAAACAAAAGUAACUCAAAGGGAACUUAAACGACUGAAAAUGCCCACAAACAAGGAUGGCGACGGCGGAUGGAAGAGCUUUCUCUGGAAUUCAGAAAAGAAGGAAUUUUUAGGACGGACUGGCGGCAGUUGGCUUAAAAUCUUCAUCUUCUACGUUAUCUUCUAUGGCUGCUUGGCUGGAAUUUUCAUCGGCACUAUCCAGGCUAUGCUGCUGACCCUUAGCAACUACAAGCCCACGUACCAGGACAGAGUUGCACCCCCAGGCCUAUCACACACACCACGCUCAGACAAGGCAGAGAUCUCUUUCAGCCUGUCGGAUGAGGACUCUUACAGAGCCUAUGUAAAAACCAUAAAGGAACUGCUGGAGCCAUACAACGAAGAAAAGCAGACUGAUAUUACGAAAUAUGAAGACUGUCUUGAAACUCCUGAUGGAUACAAGAACCGUGGAGAUCUGGAGAGUGACAUGGGUGUUAGGAAGGCCUGCCGUUUCAAGAGAUCCUGGCUGGGUGCCUGUUCAGGCACGGAAGACAGCACGUUUGGCUUUAAGGACGGCAAACCUUGUCUUAUCGUAAAGCUCAACAGAAUUGUCAACUUCAGGCCGAGGCCUCCAACAUCCAAUGCAUCUCUCCCUACGGCUGCCCAAGGAUCUUUACAUCCCAAUCUGAUUCCUAUCUACUGCACCAACAAGAAAGAAGAAGAUGCUGGGAAAAUCGGAGAAAUCAAGUACUAUGGUGCGGGCACUGGUUUCCCACUACAGUACUAUCCUUACUAUGGCAAGCUGCUACACCCUCAGUACCUCCAGCCUCUGGUGGGCGUCCAGUUCAUCAACGUUACCCUUAAUGAGGAGCUGCGUAUUGAGUGCAAAGUAUACGGAGAGAACAUUGAUUACAGCGAGAAGGACCGUUAUCAGGGACGCUUUGACCUCAAACUCUUGAUCAAGUCAUGACCUUAGCUAUGAAAAUAGCUUUUACUCUGCCCAUUUCAAAACGUAAUAAUUUAGAGAAAUAAAAAAGAAAAAUAAGAGUUCGAUAAAAAAAACAAAAAAAAAAAACAAAAACACGACUAGUCUUGAACAAACUUUCAUAACAUACGGGACCUACACUUAAUCUGUAUG